CACCGGGAGGCGCAUGAAGAACUUGCAUCUUGCCCCGAUCGACGCGACACACGAAGUACUUCCCCCGGGGUGACGGGGGUUGGCGGCCUCGUGUCUCUCCCGCCGGUCUCCCGGACAAGUUUAUUUUAGAAGUCGCGAACGACGGCGCGCGAACCUCGACCUCUCGCACACCCGCAGGUCACCGGCGGUCGACCUCCUCCUCUUUCGUCGUCGUCGUCGUUGUCAUCAUCGCGAGGUAUCCGGCCGGAGCGAUGGCGGAUUCCGAGGCUCCGUCGUCGCGCGAGAUCAGCGAGAGAUCACCCUCGGCUAUCGUGCGCAUCGCAUACCAUGUGCGAAAAGAAACGUGGGGAAAAAGUGAUUUUACAUACAAGCGAUCGAGAUGUAUGGAUAUUAAAAGAAACACAAAUGGAUGACAAACGGAUAAAAAAUCAACUGAGCAUCAUGCGCGGCACGCGCGAUCCCGUCGCGCCGAAGGCUACGAAGCCCCGCAACGUGGACGCGCGCGGCAUGGUGUGCACGCGUCGUUUGCUGGGCCUGCCGGUGCUCGCCACGGUAACGUCGGCGUUCUGCGGCGCGUACGCGGCCGCGCGGGGCUCCCACGAGUCGAUCGCGGCGGUGCUGGGCUACGCGGAGAACGGGAUGCGCGCGGGUCUGGAGUUCGCCGGCCCCGUCACCGGCAGGAUCGCCGGCCUCCUGGAAACGCCGCUCAAGACCGUCGACAACGCGGUGUGCGUCGGGCUGGACUUCGUGGAGGAGAAGGUGCCCUCCGUGAAGCUGCCACCCGGUCAGAUCUACGUCAACAUGAGGGAUAGCGUCAGAAACAUAUUCACGUCGGCGUUAGAGACCCUCAGGCUUCUGUUUGGCGGACCGAAGGAUCGAAUAGAGGACUCGUCGGUUGCAAGCGAGAUCGCACCACAAAAAAUCCGGAAAGUGUCCAGUUGAAUAGUGAAAAUGCAAAGGGUGAUUCGCACUCGGACCUUCGUCGUGGAGUGCACCGUGAUGUUUCGAGACACGAUUCAAGCACCGUGCAUCAUAUAUUCACGCCAAAACGAAUCGCAAAUCCAUUUCAAACGAUCGGCGAUUCGUGUAGAAUUCAGGACAGAAUAUCAUUUAAUACACAGGGAUAAAUUUCUAUAAAAAGAAUUAUAUAUUAUAUAUAUUACAUAUAAUUGUGUAAAUAUAAUUCUACAAAAAUAGAAUUCUAUCCCGAAAUCAAGCGUGAAUCGUAGGUCGUCUAAAGUAGAUUAAAAAAAAACCCAAGAUCAAAUUGCGAUAUAAAAAAUAUAGUCAAUUGGGUAAUACUUUCAAAAUUCAUUGCUAGUACUAAAAAUCUAUAAUUCACGUUACGUAUAUUAUAGAUUUUUAGUGAAUUUUGGAACGCAGCCAUCGUCUCGAUGACAAAUGACACUUGAGAGAGCACGUGCCAUAAAAUGAGCGUGCCGUAAAUUUCGCAAAACUAAUGACAAAAGUGAAUGAACGGGUUGUCCGGAAUAAGAGACCUUUCAAUAAGAAUCUCUCUAGUCCGAUUAAGCACGCACCCGACUGCGAAGUAUUAUCUUUGUACGGUAGCUGUUUUGUUCAAAUGAAAUAAAUUUCGUUUUCGUUUUUA